CACACACACACACACACACAUAGCAGAUAUAUGGCCCUGCCAAGCCACUUAACCUCUUCAUGUCCUUAAGAAACUCUCUAAGAUUAUAAGGUACAAAGCAGGUACUGAUCUAUGUUCAUAGAGGGAGCUCCUUUCAGGACUACUCCCUCAAAACGUAAACAAUGAAAUCAGCUUUAAAAACUUAGCUAUGCCAUGGUCAUGGGUAAAACUAUACCAUCCACUUAAGUAUUUUGUAUGUACAGAAAUACUUUAUGUAGACUAGGUUCUAUUGAAGGAGUAAUAAUAAUAGCUGGCAUUUAUAUAACAAUUUUCAAAAUGAUUUACUUCCAUUAGUUUAUUGUGAGCCUCACAGCAUCUCUAUGAGGUAGGUUCUACAGGUACUAUCUCCAUUUUAGAGAUGAGAUAACUGAAGCUCAGGGAGGAAAAAUGUCUUACCUAUGGGGCACUCAUAGUGUCUGAGACAUUAGCAUCAUUGUACCAUUACCAUCAUACUGAUCAUCAUGACUAAGAUCAUCAUGCCCAUCUCCACCCUGUCCUCAUUCCCAAAUCCACUAUCAUCAUCACUGAUAAUAUUUAUAUUGGUUUUCUGGUUUGUAAAGUUCUUUACAUACAUGAUCUUAUUUGAGCCUCAGAAGCCUAAGAUAGAUAUUACAGGUAUUAUCAUCUCCAUUUUACAUAUGAUGUAAUUGAAAUUCAGAGAGAUUAAAUGAUUUACUCAUGCUCUCACAGUUUAGCAAAUAUCACAGCCAGGAUUUAAAAGCCACGUCUUCCUAAUUUCAAGUGUAACACUGAAACUGCUAUGUCAUGUAUUUAUCUGAGUAUAUGAAAAAUAUGAGUAUUUCAAAUUUUCAGGUAAUAGUGGUGCAUGCAUAUUAUGUUGCCUAUCUCUGGUGCACACCUGUCAUAUUUUUGCUCCUUGUGGGGAUGGGGAUGGGAGGUGGAGUGUGGGUUGGAGAAGGUGAAAGUGGGGAGAAACAGAGAGACACAGAGAUACAGACAUAGAAAGAAAGGAGAGAGGAGAGGAAUAAAAAUACAUAAGAAAAGGAAAAGAGAGAGGGAAAGGGAUAGGGAGGGGGAAAAAAGGAGAGGGAACAGAGUUUAGAUUAGAAGAUCCCAGCUGUUGCUGUGAGACUGAAGGCUGUAGCCACAGAGAAAACCUGCUAGUACCGACGCCCUUAUUAUCCCUACCAACUGAAUCUCCGCUUCCUCUCUCACUUCCUCCAUUCAGCCCACAGCAUCCUUGCAGACCCUGCAGCGAAGACAACUUAAAAAAAGAGAUAAAAAAUAGAGAAAAAGAAAGAAGCCCCCAAUCCUCCAAUUUCACUCCCCCCAACACUAUCAUAAUCAUCGGCCCAGUAGUAACAACAUGAAUAAAAUAGCCCCAGAGCCACAGCCACCAGUCCCCCCUCGAUCACGCAAUGACGGGUGGGAGCUGCGCUAGGUAAGGUGCUGGGGAGUCUCCGCCUGUGUCGGAGCCGCGCGCGCCCUGGUGACUGAUUUCUUCCCGGCUUCGAUUCUCCCCGGCCCGAGCUUCCCUUGUGUGGCCGCCGUCGCCGCCGUCUCCCCGCGAUGCCCGUGCCCAUGGUUAUUCUUAGGGUUACAGGGUAUUUUGUUGUUUUAGCUGACCAAAGUUAAUUUCAGAAUGCUUAAAAGGAAACAGAGUUCUAGGGUGGAAGCCCAGCCAGUCACAGACUUUGGUCCUGAUGAAUCUUUGUCCGAUAAUGCAGAUAUAUUGUGGAUUAACAAACCAUGGGUUCACUCUUUACUGCGCAUCUGUGCCAUCAUCAGUGUCAUUUCAGUUUGUAUGAAUACUCCAAAGACAUUUGAACAUUAUCCACCUCUUCAAUAUGUCACUUUUACCCUGGAUACUCUGUUGAUGUUUCUCUACACUGCUGAGAUGAUAGCAAAAAUGCAUAUUCGUGGCAUAGUUAAGGGGGAUAAUUCCUACGUGAAAGAUCGUUGGUGUGUUUUUGAUGGAUUUAUGGUCUUUUGCCUUUGGGUGUCUCUGGUGUUACAGGUAUUUGAAAUUGCUGACAUAGUUGAUCAGAUGUCACCUUGGGGAAUGUUGAGGAUUCCCCGGCCUCUUAUUAUGAUCCGGGCAUUCCGUAUUUAUUUCCGAUUUGAACUACCAAGAACAAGGAUAACAAAUAUUUUAAAGCGCUCAGGAGAACAAAUUUGGAGUGUUUCAAUUUUCCUACUUUUCUUUCUACUUCUAUAUGGAAUUUUAGGAGUUCAGAUGUUUGGCACUUUUACCUAUCACUGUGUAACAGUUGACACUCAGCCAGGAAAUGUGACCUGGAAUAACUUAGCUAUCCCAGAUACACACUGCUCGAGAGAAAUAGAAGAAGGUUAUCAAUGCCCACCAGGAUUUAAAUGCAUGGACCUCGAAGUUCUGGGACUUAGCAGGCAAGAGCUGGGCUACAGUGGCUUUAAUGAGAUAGGUACAAGUAUUUUUACUGUGUAUGAAGCUGCCUCUCAAGAAGGCUGGGUAUUCCUUAUGUAUCGAGCAAUUGACAGCUUUCCACGAUGGCGCUCUUACUUCUAUUUCAUCACGUUAAUAUUUUUUCUUGCUUGGCUUGUUAAGAAUGUAUUUAUUGCCGUCAUUAUUGAAACGUUUGCAGAAAUCAGGGUGCAGUUCCAACAGAUGUGGGGAUCCAGGAGCAGCACUACUUCAACAGCUACAACACAGAUGUUUCAUGAAGAUGCUGCUGGAGGAUGGCAGCUGGUAGCUGUGGAUGUCAACAAACCACAGGGCAGAGCCCCAGCUUGCUUACAGAAAAUGAUGAGAUCAUCAGUUUUUCACAUGUUUAUCCUGAGCAUGGUGACUGUAGAUGUUAUUGUUGCUGCUAGCAAUUACUACAAAGGAGAGAAUUUCAGAAGACAAUAUGAUGAGUUCUACCUAGCAGAGGUGGCCUUUACAGUCCUGUUUGAUCUAGAAGCUCUUCUGAAAAUCUGGUGUUUGGGAUUUACCGGUUAUAUUAGUUCAUCUCUUCACAAAUUUGAACUGCUACUAGUGAUUGGAACUACUCUUCAUGUUUAUCCUGAUCUGUAUCACUCACAGUUCACAUACUUUCAGGUUCUUCGAGUAGUUCGACUUAUUAAGAUUUCUCCUGCUUUAGAAGACUUUGUAUACAAGAUAUUUGGUCCUGGGAAGAAACUUGGGAGUUUAGUUGUAUUCACUGCCAGCCUCUUAAUUGUGAUGUCAGCAAUUAGUUUGCAGAUGUUCUGUUUUGUAGAAGAACUGGACAGAUUCACAACUUUUCCAAGGGCAUUUAUGUCAAUGUUCCAGAUUCUUACCCAGGAAGGGUGGGUAGAUGUCAUGGACCAGACUCUCAAUGCUGUAGGCCACAUGUGGGCACCUGUGGUUGCCAUCUACUUCAUUCUUUAUCAUCUAUUCGCUACUCUGAUUCUCCUGAGUUUGUUUGUUGCUGUUAUUUUGGACAACCUUGAGCUUGAUGAAGAUCUGAAGAAACUUAAACAAUUGAAGCAAAGUGAAGCAAAUGCAGACACCAAGGAAAAACUCCCUUUGCGCCUGCGUAUCUUUGAAAAAUUUCCCAAUCGACCACAAAUGGUGAAAAUCUCAAAGCUUCCUUCAGAUUUUACAGUUCCUAAAAUCAGGGAAAGUUUUAUGAAACAAUUCAUUGACCGCCAGCAACAAGACACAAGCUGCCUCUUGCGAAGACUUCCUUCAGCUUCAUCUUCAUCCUGUGAUCAUUCCAAGAGAUCUGCAAUUGAGGACAACAAAUACAUUGACCAAAAGCUUCGUAAGUCUGUUUUCAGCAUCAGGGCAAGGAAUCUUCUGGAAAAGGAGACAGCAGUCACAAAAAUCCUCAGGGCUUGUACGAGACAACGCAUGCUGAGUGGAUCAUUUGAGGGGCAGCCAGCAAAAGAAAGGUCAAUACUCAGUGUGCAGCACCAUAUUCGUCAAGAACGCAGGUCACUGAGACAUGGUUCUAACAGCCAGCGAAUCAGCAGGGGAAAAUCUCUUGAAACCUUGACUCAAGAUCAUUCCAACACAGUGAGAUAUAGAAAUGCACAAAGAGAAGACAGUGAAAUCAAGAUGAUCCAGGAAAAAAAGGAACAAGCUGAAAUGAAAAGGAAAGUACAAGAGGAAGAAUUAAGAGAAAAUCAUCCAUAUUUUGACAAGCCUCUUUUCAUUGUUGGCCGUGAGCAUAGGUUUCGAAAUUUUUGCAGAGUGGUGGUUCGAGCACGGUUUAAUGCUUCUAAGACAGAUCCUGUUACAGGAGCUGUGAAAAAUACAAAGUACCAUCAACUAUAUGACUUGCUAGGAUUGGUUACCUACUUGGACUGGGUGAUGAUCAUUGUGACUAUCUGCUCUUGCAUUUCAAUGAUGUUUGAAUCCCCCUUUCGAAGAGUCAUGCAUGCACCUACAUUGCAGAUCGCUGAAUAUGUGUUUGUGAUAUUCAUGAGCAUUGAGCUCAACUUGAAGAUUAUGGCAGAUGGUUUGUUUUUCACUCCAACUGCAGUCAUAAGAGACUUUGGUGGAGUAAUGGAUAUAUUUAUCUAUCUCGUGAGUUUGAUAUUCCUUUGUUGGAUGCCUCAAAAUGUACCUGCUAAAUCUGGAGCUCAAUUGUUGAUGGUGCUUCGGUGCCUGAGACCCCUUCGAAUCUUCAAAUUGGUACCCCAAAUGAGGAAGGUAGUACGAGAACUUUUCAGUGGCUUCAAGGAAAUCUUUCUGGUUUCCAUUCUCUUGCUGACGUUAAUGCUUGUUUUUGCAAGCUUUGGAGUUCAGCUUUUUGCUGGGAAGUUGGCAAAGUGCAAUGAUCCCCACAUCAUAAGAAGGGAAGAUUGCCAUGGCAUAUUCAGAAUUAAUGUAAGUGUUUCCAAAAACUUAAAUUUAAAACUAAGGCCUGGAGAAAAAAAGCCUGGAUUUUGGGUACCUCGUGUCUGGGCCAAUCCUCGGAACUUUAAUUUUGACAAUGUGGGAAAUGCUAUGCUGGCAUUGUUUGAAGUUCUCUCCUUGAAAGGCUGGGUGGAAGUAAGGGAUGUUAUUAUUCAUCGUGUGGGGCCGAUCCAUGGAAUCUAUAUUCAUGUUUUUGUAUUCCUGGGUUGCAUGAUUGGACUGACCCUCUUUGUUGGAGUAGUCAUUGCUAAUUUCAAUGAAAACAAGGGAACGGCGUUACUGACUGUAGAUCAGAGAAGAUGGGAAGAUCUGAAAAGCAGACUGAAGAUAGCACAACCUCUUCAUCUCCCACCUCGCCCGGAUAAUGAUGGUUUUAGAGCUAAAAUGUAUGACAUUACCCAGCAUCCCUUUUUUAAGAGGACUAUAGCCGUGCUGGUCCUGGCUCAAUCAGUGCUGCUGUCAGUCAAGUGGGAUGUUGCAGACCCAGUUACUGUUCCUUUAGCAACAAUGUCGGUUGUGUUCACCUUCAUUUUUGUCCUGGAGGUUACAAUGAAGAUUAUUGCCAUGUCACCUGCGGGCUUCUGGCAGAGCCGAAGGAAUCGAUAUGACCUCUUGGUGACUUCCCUUGGUGUCAUUUGGGUGAUACUUCAUUUUGCUCUCCUUAAUGCAUAUACAUAUAUGAUGGGAGCCUGUGUGAUUGUCUUCAGGUUUUUCUCCAUUUGUGGAAAACAUGUAACACUAAAGAUGCUCCUUUUGACAGUGGUUGUCAGCAUGUACAAAAGUUUCUUUAUCAUCGUGGGGAUGUUUUUAUUGUUGCUAUGCUAUGCCUUUGCUGGAGUUGUUUUGUUUGGAACAGUGAAAUAUGGAGAGAACAUUAACAGGCACGCAAAUUUUUCCUCAGCUGGAAAAGCCAUUACUGUGCUCUUCCGAAUAGUCACAGGGGAAGAUUGGAACAAGAUUAUGCACGACUGUAUGGUUCAGCCUCCAUUUUGUACACCAGAUGAGUUCAAAUAUUGGGCAACAGACUGUGGAAAUUACGCUGGAGCACUUAUGUAUUUUUGUUCAUUUUAUGUCAUCAUUGCCUACAUCAUGCUAAAUCUGCUUGUUGCUAUAAUUGUGGAAAAUUUCUCUUUGUUUUAUUCCACUGAGGAAGACCAGCUUUUAAGUUAUAAUGAUCUUCGCCACUUUCAAAUAAUAUGGAAUAUGGUAGAUGACAAAAGGGAGGGGGUGAUUCCAACUUUCCGCGUGAAGUUUCUGUUGAGGCUCCUCCGAGGAAGGCUAGAGGUGGAUCUUGACAAAGACAAACUUUUGUUCAAACACAUGUGUUAUGAGAUGGAGAGGUUGCAUAAUGGUGGUGAUGUCACCUUCCAUGAUGUUCUAAGUAUGCUCUCAUACAGAUCUGUUGACAUCAGAAAAAGUUUGCAGUUGGAGGAACUCCUUGCUAGGGAACAAUUGGAAUAUACCAUUGAAGAAGAAGUGGCCAAACAGACUAUACGAAUGUGGCUGAAGAAAUGUUUAAAGCGCAUCAGAGCAAAACAGCAACAGUCAUGCAGUAUCAUCCACAGCCUUCGAGAGAGUCAGCAACAAGAGCUGAGCAAAUUUCUGAAUCCUCCUAGCAUUGAGACGACUCAGCCAAGUGAAGACAUGAAUGCUAAUAACCAAGACAAUAACGUACAGCCAGAGACAAGCAGCCAACAGCAGCUUCUAAGUCCAACUCUAUCAGAUAGAGGAGGAUGUCGGCAAGACUCUACAGAUGCUGGAAAACCCCAAAGGAAAUUUGGGCAGUGGCGGUUACCUUCAGCACCAAAACCAAUAAGCCAUUCGGUGUCUUCAGUCAACUUGAGGUUUGGCAGUCGUACCACUAUGAAGUCAGUAGUAUGCAAGAUGAACCCCAUGACCGACACUGCUUCCUGUGGCUCUGAAGUCAAAAAGUGGUGGACACGGCAGCUGACAGUGGAGAGUGAUGAAAGUGGAGAUGACCUUCUGGAUAUCUGAGUACAAACUAAUAUAAAUGAAAAUCUUAUUAUAAAGCCACUUUUCAUAUCCCCUUUCCUUUCAAGUGAACAAGCUAUAACCAACAUAUAACUUAACUUCAUCUUAUCACAUGAUUGAUGUUGGUUUGUUUGGUUUUUCCCUUCUAUCUGUCACCAUACUACCACUGAAAACAUAUACAAUCCCUGCUUAGUGAAGCUGUGUUUGACCAGUUGGCUAUUUAUACUCCCUAAAGAAGCCAUGUAUGAUGAUAGUAUUAAUAAAGUUAGAAAUCAUGUCAUGAAAAACUGUAGAUCAUUUAAAUGUCAUGUAUCCUGCUCUGAAAACUAAUAUGUAUAUUCAGAUGUGCCCUACUUCAUUGUUAACACCCCAAAACCAACUGGCCUAAAAUGACCAUUCUGUGGUAGAGAAGACAUGGCUUUACUUCAUGUUUUCCCGUUUAGAACUACUUCUCAUGGGAGAAUGUAUUAUUUGUGAUUGAUCGGAAACGGUCAGCACUACACUCACUCAUGCCAAGAGAUAGUAUUUUUACAUACUAGAAAGUGUGAAUUUUAAAAGAUACAUUCUUUUUUUUAUAUUAUUUUUAAAUAUGCAAAAAAAAAUAGAAAUCAGAACAAGUCAAAUUCUUGCCUCAGUCACUCUCACACAAUUUCCCAUCUGUGUCGAGAGAAAUUCACCAGGCAAAGAAUUUGGCUCAUGGGGAAUAACUGGCUUAAGACAAACCUGUAAAUAGAUAACUUUGGGACAUAAUUAUACAAAUAGCUUGACUUCCAUAACGAGCCUUCAACAAAUAAUGACAACAAUAAAAAGAAUUAAAGUAAAAUAAUGGAAACUGUGGUUCAAUUACAUAGGACUCACUUGUAUGAUAUCACUAUAGAGUUUAUUUCUUACUUUUUUUUUUCCUAAUCACAAUGACCUGAUUCAGCAGUGAGAAUCUCAAUGCUUGUCUCACUGCAAGACAACUUUUCUGUCACCAGAAUUUCCUGUGGAAAUAAUAGUCCCCUCCCCAAGAGUCUGCCUACCUGCUUACAGCAGGUGGGGUGCCUGACAACUUCUGUCUUUCCUAAGUCAGUGGUGUAUCUCCUCUGAAAAAAAUCAGAAAUUUAGAAUGCUUGGAAAGCAGAAUUUGUGAUAUUAUCAUUGGUCCUGGGAAGCAAAAGUAGCUCUAGACUAUAUAAUCCACUCUUCUUGGAUUUCAGGUCUGUGGAAUAGAACAUUUCAUACUCUUUUUUUAAAAAACUGUAAUUGUCUCAAAAAGUACAUAUUCUUCUUGGUAUUUAAUUUAUUUUAAGUUGGAUCAGUUCUAUAUUUUCUUAAAAAUAGUUAAAUUUGAUUUUUUGUGUAACAUCUAUGAUGAAGUGUUGACAGUCUGUCUUUGAUGAGAUUAUUUGUGACUAUGAGAUUAUGGGAAACUUCACACCACUAGGUUCAAACAAGGAUUACAUUUGGUUUUGUGUUUGUUUUGAAGUUUACUUUUGUAUAUAAUAAAAAGAGAUAAAAUCAGUUUAUAAAACAACAAAA